AUGAGCGGCAAUGGAACCGUUGAUCCUGGCGAGCGAACUGCUUUGCUAAGUGAAUCUCGUUCCUUCCAGGGUCUCUCACCCCAUCCGCAGACUGAGCAUGAAGGUCAUCAUCACCAUCCCAAGGACAAUCGUGUCUGGGUGCAAUGGCCUGCACACGUCGUGCGUCUGGCCUGGUUGACCCUGGUCCGGGACUACGUUAAUGUACUUCUGAUCUUUGUGCCGUUGGGUAUCAUCGCGGGUGCUCUUCAUUGGGACUCGACCGCGGUCUUCGUGUUGAACUUCUUCGCCAUUAUCCCGCUCGCCUCGAUGCUGAGCUUUGCUACCGAGGAGCUGGCCGGUACCAUGGGCCAGGCCCUCGGCGGUCUGAUGAACGCGACGUUUGGCAAUGCGGUGGAGCUGAUUGUCAGCAUCAUCGCGCUCAAGGAUAACCAGAUCCGCGUGGUCCAGGCCAGUAUGCUGGGCAGUAUCCUCUCCAACAUUCUCCUGGUUCUGGGCUGCUGUUUCUUCAUCGGCGGCCUCCGAUACUCCGAGCAGACCUUCAACAGCACCGUGGCAUCCACCAUGUCCUCGUUGAUGGCGGUCGCAUCUGCGUCCCUGAUCAUCCCCGCUACCCUCUACGCCGUCCUUUCGCAGUCCAAGCAAAAUGCCCAAGCCAACAUCCUCGUCCUGUCGCACGGUACAGCCAUCAUCCUGCUCGUGCUCUACGUCAUGUACCUCUACUUCCAGCUGCGCUCCCACGCACAAUUAUUCGAGGAGACCAACGCUAGCGAUACGGAGAACGCAAAUGGUGCGGAGGAGGAAGAAGAAGAAGAAGAAGAGCGCCUCCUCAGCCCGUGGGCUGCCACUGUCGCAUUGAUCGUCGUCACCGUUCUGGUGGCCAUUUGCGCCGAUUACCUCGUGGGCAGCAUUGACAGUAUCGUGCAGAAGACCGGCAUGAGCAAAACGUUUAUAGGUCUGGUGCUGAUCCCGAUCGUCGGCAACGCCGCAGAGCAUGUCACGGCCGUCGUGGUGGCCUACAAGGAUAAGAUGGACCUUGCGAUCGGUGUUGCGAUCGGUAGCAGCUUGCAGAUCGCCCUUUUCGUCACUCCCUUCCUGGUCAUCCUGGGCUGGAUCAUGGGUAUCGAGAUGACCCUGCACUUCCAGAUUUUCGAGACGGUCGCGUUCUUUAUUUCGGGACUGGUCGUCACCCUGCUGAUCCAGGAUGGCAAGUCGAACUACCUCGAGGGCGGCAUGUGUCUUGGAAUGUACUUGAUUCUCGCUCUUGCAUUCUACGUCUACCCCGACGAUGUCGGCGAGGGUGUCGGUGCCCUCAGCAAGCUCCUCAAUUGA